AUGGGGAAACAGGUUGAAAAAGAGGAUAAUGAAAAAGAUGUUACAGUACCGUGUUGCUGUUCACAGCGUUGGAUCUUAGCGUAUACCGGAUUCUUUGGUUUUGUAUUUGUCUAUGCAUUACGCGUGAACUUUAGUGUUGCUAUAGUUUGUAUGGUAAAGUCUUUGAAUUCUUCAUCAUCGAACAACAUCAGUGAUAUCAAUGGCACUUCGUCUACAUGUUCUGGCAAAGCUGCAGAGAGAGAAAUUUUUAAUCAGCAUGCUGAAUUUGAAUGGGAAAAACAAAUCCAGUCAACACUACUGGCGUCUUUUUUCUAUGGGUAUAUUGUUACUCAAAUUCCUGGUGGCUAUUUGUCAGACAGAUUUGGUGGACGACGUGUAUUUGGUACCGCCAUGGCAGUAGCAUGCGUGUGUACACUUGUGAUGCCUGUGUGUGCGAGAGUAUCUGUUAUCUUGGUUUACGUUCUUCGUGUCCUGCUUGGACUAGCAACGGGAGUUUCUUUCCCAGCAAUGCAGUCCAUGUGGGGACGAUGGGCUCCUCCUUUAGAACGUAGCAAACUCGUCACUGUCUCUUAUUUAGGAACCAUGUUUGGUAACGUAGGAACAUUUGCAUCAUCCGGGUAUUUAUGUGAAUUUGGCUUUGAUAAUGGAUGGGGUUCUAUAUUUUAUAUUACUGGUGGUUUAGCCUGUAUAUGGGUGGUUGCGUGGUUUUUUCUUGUCCGCGAUACUCCAUCAGACCAUCCCUGGAUCAGUGAAGCAGAACGAGACUAUAUAAAUAACAGUAUAGAAUAUGACAACACAAAAAGGUCAUCAACAGUUCCAUGGAUUGAAAUAGCCAAAUCACCAGCUGUAAUAGCUUGUAUAACUGCGCAUGUCUGUAAUAACUGGAUAAAUUAUACUCUUUUAACCAGUUUACCUGCAUUCAUGAAAGCAGUCCUGAAGUUUAACAUCAAAAGUAAUGGAGUUUUGUCUGCUUUACCAUAUGUAUGUCAAGCUGUGUCAGGAUUAGGGGUAGGACUAUUUGCAGAUCUUAUGCGAUCUAAACAAUUAUUAUCAACUACAGGGACAAGACGCUUAUGGUGCAGCAUAGCGUUUCUUGGAGCUGGUGCCUUUUUAGUUGCCACUGGAUUCGCGUCAUGUGAUCAGCGCAAUAUGGCAGUUGCAUUUCUAUCGUUAGCUGUUAUGUUUACCGGAUUUAACAGAGCAGGAUACAUCGUUAACCACGUGGACUUCGGUCCAAAAUAUGCUGGUGUUUUAUUUGGCAUAACUAAUACUUUUGCCACUGUGCCUGGUAUGGUGGCGCCUAUAGUAGCCGGAGCCUUAACACCAAACGAUAGUCAAGAAGAGUGGAGAAACGUGUUUUAUGUUUGUGCUGCUUUCUGUGUAGUUGGAAUGGUGGUAUUUGGAUUUUUCUCAAGAGGUGAGAUUCAGGAAUGGGCGAAGGAUCGCGAAGAGAUUAUUAUUGAAAAGCCAGCACUUGACACAGAUACAAAAUUAUGAUAAUAUAAUGUAGAUUAGCAGAACAUUUAAAGCAGGACCAUUGGAUUUAAAUGUUUAUAUCUAUACAGAUUUGUAAAUUACAAAUAUUAUAAAAACGGAACAUAUGGGCCACUGUCUUGUAUUAUGAGAGGUCUGACACUUAUAAUAUUUAUGAAUAAUUUGAUUUUGGAUGCGACACAUCUUCUGAUUGGCUGAAUGUUUUUUGUCAAUCAGCUCAUGUGAUCGUGACGUCAGCAAUGUUUUUUCAUGAUUCACUCCUUAAAAAUGGAAUUCACAAUUAAAUCAUAAGGAAUGAGUGUAAUA